UCCCCGAAAGCCUUUCGGUUCUUCUACAGCGAGCAGAGAAGGAAACGAAAGAAGCGUGUUCUCAACUUCUCAUGGCCUGUUCGUCGUCUUCGUCUCCGCUCUCUCUUCUUCUCCUCCGGCCUCUCCCACGCAUACCCCUCAUCCAUUCCAGGCACAGGAAGCCAUUCCCUUUCCCAAGAACUGGCCGCAUAGCAGCUUCAGCGGCAGCAAGAGCUCAGCAGCGGUUGCUGCGGCCGCGGGAGACCGGCCGGUGGAGGAGAAGCUUGAGGAGCGGAGGAGGCUUCGUGUGCUUAUCCUACAGUAACCCGCCCCCGCCUUCCAAUAAGGAUUCGGAUGAGUGGCCUGUCCUUCGCCGGUGGGAUGUGCCAUGGGAGUGGCAAACCGUUGUGCUCACCAUGGUGGGCUGUGGAGUAAGCUUUGCUCUGACAGGAUUGGUUGAGCAGUCGGUGUUGCAAUACGCAGGGUAUAAAGCUGCAGGGGCAACUAUAGAUGAGAAGGCAGAAAUACUCUUUCUCGGGCAACUUAGCGUGACAGCAGUUCUGCUUGGUGUUAUAUUUAGCAUCACCAAUACCUUCCGACCAUUCCCGGAUGAUAUCUUUCGUUAUGAUAUUAAAGAACCAUUCAAACUAAGAAAUGGCUGGCUUCUGUGGGCUGGUAUUGGUCUCUUUGGUGCAGUCAUUUCCAUAGCUCUAGUUGGAGCUGCCAUGACCUAUCUGAAUGGUGAACCUCCAGAGAGAGAGAAGGACUCACUGGUUCUUUUACUGCCACUAAUUGGCUCGUCAACUCUCAGCACUGCCUAUUUGGUGGGUAUUACUGGAGUUCUAGCACCAAUUCUGGAGGAGACUGUGUUUCGAGGAUUUCUAAUGGUGUCCUUGACUAAGUGGUUUCCUACUCCAGUAUGUGUGGUGUUCAGUGCUGCUGUAUUUGCCUUUGCUCAUCUGACUCCUGAUCAAUUUCCGCAGCUGUUUGUACUUGGUGUUGCACUAGGGUUUACAUAUGCUCAAACUCGCAAUCUUCUAGCUCCUAUUACAAUACAUGCAUUUUGGAACUCAGGAGUUAUAUUACUGCUAACUUUUCUUCAGUUGCAAGGGUAUGAUAUCAAGGAGCUCCUGGGGGCAUCUUGAAGACUUCAACUGAUCAGCUUUUGGCUUUGUGUAUAUCCUUCGGUAACUUCAGCCAAAAAAACGAAAUGACUAAUGAUCUCUAUUUUUACUGUUUAAUGAUCGAUAUUUACGGUGCAAGUAAGCAAUUUUAUGUACCCUUACAAUAAGUUGUCACAUAAUUUGUAUGUAUCCUUGCACUAACUUUUAUGUACUGGUCCAGCUAAUUCAUGUUGUGUAUAUGAAAUCAGCGUCCUCCGAUGGCGCUUCCUCUGGCAA